AUGAAAUUAUUUCUACUACUUCUCACGAUUAUAUCGAUAAAAAUAGUUAUAAAGGCUGAAACUAUUUUAAAUGGUCAAUGUCCAUCUCCUCGGUAUGUUUCCAGUGGUUUAUCGUGUUCAACUGAAGGUGAUGAUAGUCCUUGUCCAUGGGAUUAUAAAUGUUGCCCACUGAUUGAUGGUAUGAAAUGUUUUAGUCCAUGUCCAGAAUUUACUCAACCAUGUACUAUUCAAUGUCCAUUUGGUUUAAAAGUUGAUCCAGUACCAUGUUAUGUUUGUGAAUGUGCAUCAGAUCCAUGUCUUUCAACUACUUGUCCUCUUGGAACUAAAUGUAUUUCAAAAGAUUUUGAACCAUGUGCUAUACAAGGAAGAUGUGAUAUGAAGACUGAAUGUAUCGAUGACCCAUCUAUCCAUGUUGAUCCUACUCCAAAACCAAAGAAAUGUCCAGAUUAUUGGUCAUCGGUGGGAGAUAAUUCACAAGCAUGUAAGGGUCCAGAUGCUUUAUGUCCAGGUGAAGAAAAAUGUUGCCAAGCUCCAGCAAAUAACUUUGGUCCACCAAAUGGAGUUGGUAGUUAUUGUGUUCAACCAUGCGACGAUAUAUCGAAUUGUACUCUUCAAUGCCCUCAUGGCUUAGUUAAUGAUGGUAGUUGUCAAUUUUGUCAGUGUGCUCCUAAUCCAUGUGAUGGAAUCACAUGUGCUUUUGGUGAAACGUGUCGACUACUUCCAACACCAUGUGCACAUUUUCCAGGACGACCACCAUGUCCUUUGACGCCUGUAUGCAUGAAACAGUAUUUAUCAGAGUUUAUUCAUUGA